UUACUACUGGCGUAACAUUGGUCUUCCGAUUUGUUGGUCAGGUACCGGUAACUUUACCACGCGCAUUUUCAUAGCCAAAAUCACUCUAUGUGACGUAAUUAUAUUUCGAACCCCGUGAUAGUUGAAUGUAAACCAAUAGUGAAUACAAUUUUAUGGGUGACUGCUUUCCAUAAAAGCAGAAUACAAUUGAAAAGCGUAUGGUAUGGCGAUACGCUGGACUAACCAUCGAUGUCGCUCGUAUUGGCGUCGCCUAUUUUACUAACGUUCGCUUUGUUAUAUGCUGUGAAAUAGUGCGUAUGUCGUGAAGUCGUGUCGUAAGUUGUAAGGAAAUUACGCGGAAAUAUAAGUGAAGAAUAUACAGUAUUUUAUGGAGAAGUAUGUUAUGUGAUUCUUUGUGAUCGAUUCUGACAAGCCAUGUCUUCCGUCCGUUAUUUACAAAGAUAUCUCAAGACAGUUUUUCAACUAUGCAUUUUAGUUCGAUUAUCAGAAUCUCAGACUACUCCAUUUAAUGAAUUUGCUGAUGUUUCUGUACCCGACCAAAUACCAACUAUACCAAAUACAGCAAAUAAGAUAUAUACUACUACAGUCAAUCUGGUCAAAGCAUCGGACUCGGUGACAUUUGUUGAUUCGACAUUCAUAGCUGCGGCAAGAGAAUUUUAUGCAAAGACUUUGCAAGGUUUUAUUGAUAUUGAAAAUGUUAGAACUUCAGAUAAAGGGAACAUGGUAAUACAGGUAACUUACGAUGCUAAAUACGCAUAUCCUGUUCUUCUUGGUGCUGUUGGUGCGGACAACAAAUUGAUUACAAGCGCGAUUGGGACAUUCGAACCAGUGCGAAAAGGUUUAAAUGAGCAGGCAAACAUCUUUGCCUAUUAUCCUGUGCAAAACGACGCAGCUACUUUUUCGUUUGGAGGUUCCGCUAUUUGUGCCCAGGCUUCUUGCGUAGGGGCUUAUGUUUCGUGUACAGAAGAUACAGCAGGUAUCAAUGCAACCUGUGUAUCGGACUGUAAAAACAAUUAUUGUGGUGACAAUGGACUAUGUUCCCAUAGUGAUGCGAACAAAGUGCCCACAUGCAGAUGUACGACUUAUCCUGAUCUCUGGAUUCUUGGUCAAAGAUGUGAAACGAAAUUUCCAUUAUGGCUUGCUGUUCUUCUUGGUGUCAUUGGUCUCUUGAUUAUAAUAGUAGUCAUUAUUAUUGUUUGUAUCUGUGUGAAAAAUAAGAGAAAAGAAAGAAACAGAAAACUAGAUCUUCUGAGUUCUGUUCCUAAAACAUACCACAACAACGGAUUUGUCAAUGAUGAAAUCAGACAUCCAACGACGGUAGAGCCCAGGGAAGUUGUGACGGUUGUACCGACGCCUGCAAUCAGAACAUUAUCUCUCGCACGAAGCGAUUCUUUUGAAACAGUGACGGAGAGUGAGGUGCCACCUUCUGAAUAUAGACCACGCAGUGACGUUGACAGAAGAAGUUAUGCCAGCUCUGUUCCUGCAUCCACUCGUAACCAUUAUCAUCACCAUGGCGACCGUAAUGGUGAUCGUCAUCACCAUCAUCAUAGACGUCACAGUCGUGAUCGAGACAGACGAAGAUCGCGUUCGCGCGAACGUGAACGUCACCGAAGACGAUCUAGGUCACAAAGUUCUUCUCCAAGUGGAAAUCAGGAAAAAGAGAAAAAUCUUUCCUUUUACGAAAUUGAUGUCAAUGAUUUUGAUCUUGAAACUGACGCUGCAUCGAGCGUUGCAGCAUCCAGCACCUCACCGUCAUCACCUAUAAAAUGGCUUCCACCAAAAGAAAUGCAGCCCCGCCCAGGAUGGGUUCCCAGCCUAGGACCAUUGAUGUACGAUCUCCCAUCUGCAAAGGAUCGCACCACUCCUGAUCCUCCUGAAUACGAAUCCGUUGAUUAUCGUCAAAGAACAGAAGGAGGGACAGAUGUUUGAAGUAUAAAAUGCCAUGUAAAAAUAUGCCCACUUCGAGGUAACCAUCUAACCCGCUUUUGACAAAGUAAACACAAAAUGAGGGACUUGAACACUGAAAAAGGUAUCGUGUUAUUGGCUCUGCCAUGGUAUAAUCUCUUAAGAUACCCGUACCCAUAUGUUUUAAUGUUCCACAGGAAAUGCUAUUUAAGGGCUUUGUAUAAAAUAAAAUUAUUUUGUUAGCCAUUACCUUGCUCAGUAUAGCAGUAAUUUGCUCUACAGUGAAUCAUAUCCGUCCUGGUAUCAAAUUCCCUUUUUAAUCUCUUUAUAUAUAUCAAUUUUGUAUAUUAUUUUUUUGUUUGAUUCUCGUUUCUAUUUUUAACAUUACAAAUACAUAUUGCACUAAUAGAAACCGAAAUUAUUUUGAGUACAUUCGAGGAAAAACAGGUAUUUUGGAAAUAUCGAAAAAAAAAGUUUUUGCUGCAGUUAUAUUCACAACCAUACUGGAGCCGGGCAUGAAACUGAACUUUUAAAGAGAUAAUUCAAAGCCGGUAAGGUCCGAGGUAUACUUUUUGAUCGAAAAAGGCACAUGAUCAGACGUCUAAGUUAUGUAGUUCGACAUUCCGAUAUCAUGCUCCGGUGUUGAAUAUUUUAUCCGGAGUCAAACGUAAGCUAAACCGGAAACAGAUUUUCAAACUGCCGGAGAUAUCCCGGACAUCUUUAAAUUAAAAAUAUUCAGAAAUGAUUAAAAUUGUAUAUUUGAAAAAGAAAUGAAAAUGAAAAAAAUUAUCACAUUUAAUUUAAUUAAUAAUAUUUACUGUGGAUUAUAAAUGAAAAAUAUUCAAUAGAAAUCGACGCACCAAUAACGAGAAAGGCAAGCUUUUUUUACAAAUUGCUCUUUACUGUCAAAUAGUAUGCAUGAAUAAUUUGGUAAGUAUAAGAGCCCUUUAGAAGUAGAACUUAUUUAAGAAAUUUGGGGAAAUACUCAGAGAGCUCACUAGUAAUAACAUCUUAGAAAUGUAUACAGAAUCAAAAACAUUUAUUCCAGUCUGAUAUAUACUGGAAGACUUUUACAAAUUUUUCUGCUGUGGAAUCAAGGACGUGCAAUGCCAAUCAUUACUA